AAAGAAAAAUGUGAAACUGGCCAGCAACAAGAGGGAAGGCUCGCUUUACAAAGCAUUGUUCCAAAGGAAGACUCCGAGGCUGAGUAUUGCGGAGGGGUAUGAGCUCAGAGAAGUCUGUCUUACUGAGAGUCUGAGCUCCAUUGAUAUUUACUCAUUUUGUGCUUUCAUUCUUCUAUUUUUUCCUUUCUGGAGUAACAAUGGCAGAAGAUCUCUGUUUCUUCAACAAGGACACCCUCAUCAUAAAGCCUCCUAAGAAAUCUCCAAAAUUGUUAAGGAUGACUGUUCUGGUGUUUGCAAUGGUGUGUGGUGUUUACAUCUGCUCAAUCUGUCUAAAACAGAUAAGCAUCCACACCAAGGCUAAGUUUGAAAACUUUUGGGUUGUUGAGAGACCUUCUGAUGAUCAUAGCAUCCAAAUACCACAAAUUUCAACUUUUAUCGGAGACAAGAACUCUUGUUAUGUUAAUGGCUUCAACAUGAAAGAAAUUCCCAAUGUGCAUUAUCCGAAACCUCGAACUUUUAGCAGGGCUGAAUGUGCAAAUAAUCCUGUGAGAUUCUUUGCUAUAGUGUCACUACAGAGAUCAGGAAGUGGAUGGUUUGAGACACUAUUAAAUAGUCAUAUUAAUGUGAGCUCAAAUGGUGAGAUAUUCAAUGUUUAUGAUAGGAGGAAAAAUAUUUCUUCAAUUGUGAAGACGCUAGAUAAAAUUUACAAUUUGGACUGGUUCAGUAGUGCUUCCAAGAAUGAGUGUUCAGCUGCAGUUGGCUUCAAGUGGAUGCUGAAUCAGGGAUUGAUGGAGCACCACAAAGAAAUAGUGGACUACUUCAAAAAUAGAGAUGUUUCUACAAUAUUUCUCUUCCGCAGAAAUCUAUUGCGUAGGAUGGUUUCAGUGCUUGCCAACUCUUAUGAUCGGGAGGCUAGGGUAUUGAAUGGAACACACAAAUCUCAUGUUCAUUCAACAGAUGAGGCUGAUAUGCUUUCAAAAUACAAGCCUACAAUCAAUGCCACAACUUUGAUAACUGAUCUGCAGCAAGUGGAGAAGACAGUUGCCAAGGCUUUAGAGUACUUUAAUAGCACCCGGCACAUUAUCCUGUACUAUGAGGAUCUUAUCAAGAACCGCACUAAAACAGAAGACAUUCUAGAGUUUCUGAAGUUGCCGCAUAUGGACCUAGCAAGCCGUCAGGUUAAAAUACAUAAAGGAGAACUAUCAAUUCACAUUAAGAACUGGGACGAUGUCAACAAGACACUCCAGGGAACCUCGUAUGAGCAUUUCCUCCAGGCUGAUUAUUAAACACCGAGUCGUCUAACUCAUGAAGUGGUGCAAUAACCGACUUUGCUAAUUCUCAUCACAGAAGCUGAUAGGAUUACUUGCCCAUUGAAAAUUUGGCUAUAAUGCUGGCAUGUUGUUUCGGCCUUUGUUUUUUUUUUUUUUUCGUUUUUGCUUCUAUACUAUUUUGCUCAAUAAGUCGUUGACCCCUACUCUUUUCCCUGCUCAACAAGUCGUUGACCACUACACUUUCCCUUGCACAACAAGUCGCUGACCACUACACUUUUCCCUUUUCCUUUUUGUACCAUAGCUGAAUAUAUAUAGAUACAAUGUAUAUUUCAGUUGAUCAUUUUCAAUGAAGAUAAGCAAUUACUGAAA